AUGUCUUUUUUUAUCACUCGAUGUGUACGUAGGGUUCUAUCCCCAGCCCUUACAACUUUGAAGAAAACAAAUUUUUCAACAACUAGUGCUGCCUUUGCCCCUAGGAUUCAAAAGCAAGCACCUGAUUUUUGUGGUACCGCUGUUGUCAAUGGAGAAUUCAAGCAAGUGAAACUUUCAGACUACUCUGGAAAAUAUGUUGUUCUGUUAUUCUACCCCCUAGACUUCACAUUUGUUUGCCCAACGGAACUGAUUGCAUUUAGUGACAAAUAUAAGGAGUUUAGCAACAUACAAUGUCAUGUUAUUGGUGUUUCAACAGAUUCUGAGUUCAGCCACUUAGCUUGGACGAACACUCCUAGAAAGGAUGGUGGAUUAGGAAAACUGGAAAUACCUCUUUUAGCAGAUUACAAAAAGAAAAUCUCACAAGAUUAUGAGGUGCUUCUAGAUGAAGGUUUUGCUUUACGAGGUCUGUUCAUCAUAGAUGGCAAUGGUGUUCUAAGACACAUGUCAGUCAAUGACCUGCCAGUGGGCAGAUCCGUGGAUGAAACCCUGAGAUUAGUUAAAGCUUUCCAAUUUGCGGAUAAACAUGGUGAAGUUUGUCCAGCAAAUUGGGACCCAGAGAACAACUCUGCAACAAUUAAACCGAGCCCGUUGGAGAGCAAGGAGUACUUCCAAAAAGCAAAC